AUGGGAAAUAGACACGAGGUUUUUAAUGUUGACACGCCAGGCUUUGAUAAAUGGUCAACACAAAAUAAGGACGUAUACGUCGUCUCACUACCAUUGUCGAAAAACAAACUUGUUCACGAGUGGCCUAAAACCUUUGAGUUGAGAAUCAACAACGAACUCGUGCAUGUAGUCAAGGCGCCAAAUUGGGGACACACUAGAAGAGACAACCCUAUAAAGGUGACUUAUGCCAUGCAUCGACGUGACAACAGGGUGGAGUUAUCUAGCACCACGUACGAUGACCCAAGAUCGUUAUUCUUAAUCAUUAUAAUGGUUUCAAAGAGAGUAACGGUCGAAAGGAUUAUUGAGACAAUUAAAACAAGACGAAGUAUUCCGGUUGCCGAAUCAAAACACAGAAUAUUGGAGUUUCUAAACACACAGCUAGAGGACGAUGAUGUUAUAUGCGUCGAGAACAACAAUAGGGUCGAACUGCAUUGCCCGAUUACGUUGGGUCGCAUGGAGUUGCCAACGCGGGGGGAAAACUGCAAACAUAUACAAUGCUUUGACUUGAGUGCAUACCUUCAGGUUAUGCAAAAUAUGUCCACAUUCAAUCAGAGGUGGAAGUGUCCGGAAUGCCCAUUAAUAGUAAAGCCGAUGGAUCUAGUAAUCGAUAGUUAUGUGCUUGAAAUCUUGAACACUACCCCACAGGGGACGUCUACGGUGGAAUUGGAUGAAACGGGAGAUUACAGAGUCGUUAAUUGUUCUAGCAUUUGCAAUUAUAUCCAAGGUCCUGCUGAGUUUGGCAAAACGAAUAACAGAGAAUGUGCAUCGGGACAGUGCGAUAGCGGCUCAUUUAACAACAUUCCUGUGUCGUCUGAAAAGGGGCUCACAGCGUUACAUACUAAUUGUGACCCAAAACCAAGCAAAACUGAACAUGCAUCUGUCAAGGCGGAAUGCGGCCUAAACGUAGGUUGUGUUAUCGACUUGGACAGGAAUGACCAAUUAGCUGCCAUUACAUCUACUGAAUCCACGUCUGAGAAGCUGUUCAUCUGUCUAGAAUCGUCCGAUGGGGAAGAACUUGCCAGAAAUGAUGCUCGACAAAUCAUGUCUGGUGGAGGUGACGAGAGCCGGGGAGACGUAUUUUCUCCAGCACACUCAACCGCUGUAGGCAAGGACGCAAGGAAAGCUGCAAACUUAAAUAAAGAGUUUGCAGGGCAACUACAGGUGUACGGAGGCCCAAAGUCUACCCUGUCGCAAAGACUCAGUCGUCUGCCCCAAAUAGCGGGCGAUGCCGAAGUCACAAAAGGCAGGAAACGCAUGUCAACCGGCACAUGCACGCAGAAAUCGUUGCUGCCUACAUCCCCCUCCAUUGACAAGUCCGUGUCAGUAAAAACAUACGAACAUUCAGCAGUGAAACAGUCUAAACGAAGAACAGCGUUGGAUAUUAGCGCGGAGAGGUUUGCCUUUUUCAGUUAA